CAGAGCCUCCACAGAUUAAAGAGGAAGAGGAGGAACUCUGCUCCAGUCAGGAGGGAGAGCAGCUUGUACUGAAGCAGGAGACUGAUACCUUUAUGUUGACUAAUGAGGAAAGUGACCACCAGCUCCUCUCUCACAACUCUCCUGUAGCUGAGAGCCAAGAUCAGGAAGGAAGCAAGCAUGUAGACCCAGAAUCAAAGAGUCACUAUAAGACUCAGACAGUUAAAAAGUCUUUCAAAUGUGAAACUUGUGAAAAAGAUUUUAAGUGUAAAUCCCAACUGAACAUACAUAUGAGAAAACACACAGGUGAGAAGCCAUACCACUGCAACACCUGUGGGAAAUAUUUCAGGCAGAUAUCAUCACUGAAUGUACAUCUAAGAACCCACACUGAUGAGAAGCCAUACACCUGCAGCACCUGUGGGAAAAGAUUCUCCCAGAAAGCAAAUUUGCAUAAGCACAUAACAACUCACACAGGUGAGAAACCUUAUUCUUGUGAAACAUGUGGGAAACUACUAACAUCUAGUUUGGGUUUGUUGAUCCACAUGCGAACCCAUACAGGUGAAAAGCCUUACCUUUGCAAGACCUGUGGGAAAAGAUUUACAUCCAUGUCGAUAUGGACAACUCACAUGAGAAUCCAUACAGGCGAGAGGCCGUACUUGUGCAAAACGUGUGGUAAAGGUUUCAAAUGUGAUCCUGCCCUGAAAGUCCACAUGAGAAUCCAUACAGGUGAGAGGCCAUAUUCCUGUGAAACAUGUGGGAGAAGUUUCAUUACUAAAGAGGGUAUGAUGGCCCACAGGAGAACUCACACAGGUGAGAAGCCAUUCCUCUGCAACACCUGUGGGAAAAGUUUCCGUCAUACAAAAACUCUUAAUGAUCACAUAAGAAUCCACACAGGUGAGAAGCCAUAUUUUUGCGAGACUUGUGGGAAAACUUUCAGACUUGGUGGUGAAUUGGCAGUCCACAUCAGAACCCACACAGGUGAGAAGCCGUACCUUUGCAAGACAUGUGGGAAAAGGUUUCGUGCCAAGUCAGCACUUAAUUCUCAUGUAAAAAUCCACACAGGUGAAAAACCAUAUUCGUGUGAGACCUGUGGGAAAACUUUCAGUUUUAGUAGUCAUUUGAGAGUCCACAUUAGAAAACACAGUGAGAAGCCAUGCCUUUGCAAGACCUGUGGAAAAAGAUUUUGUAGAGAGUCAGUAUUGAAACAACAUACAAUGAUCCACACUGGUGAAAAACCAUAUUCUUGUGAGACAUGUGGUAAAGCAUUCAGACAAAGUAGUGUUUUGACAGUCCACAUGAGAAUUCACACAGGUGAGAGGCCAUACUCCUGCAACACCUGUGGGAAGAGUUUCAAGCAGCAAGCAAACUUGCAAAACCACGUACGGCUUCAUACAGGUUAAGGGUGUAGGAGACAUGUAGGAGAGCUUUCAGGCUUAGGGAUGAACUGACAGUCCAUAUGAGAGGAGCGCACAUUGUAGAGAAACCACAUCACUGCAAAACCUGAGGGAAAAAUACUUCAUGUGUUUCACUUGGGAAGUCAUUUAAGAUCACAUCCAGGAAAGUAGUGUUUGAUUUGUAAAAUAUGUGGGAGGAUACAAUUUUUGUCAUUCAGAGAAAAGACACAAGAACCCACAGAAGUGAAGAGCCACAUAAUUGCAGUUCAACAACUGAAUCAAAUACACUUUACAAUAAAUACAUCUCUUUAAUAUAAUGUAUAACAUUUUCCACUGGAAAGAGGUCACAAUAUCUUAGUUUAAUGUAGUACAGUGUCAAUUAGGGCUGGGCAAUUAAUCAUAUUUUAUUUUCGAUUACGAUUUUGGCCUCCAACAAUUAUAAAAACAAGAUAUAAUCGAGGGAAAAUGAUAAUUUUGCCGCAAUCCGUUUCACAACAAAUUUCAACCCGUCUACAAAUAUUUGUUGUUGUAACAUAAAAGUUUUCUUCCACAUUCAACAACUCUAUUUCUGAUUGGGACAUUCGUCUAUGAUGCAUUUUGCUGUUCCCUAUGCAGAAGUAGGGAUAGUAUAGCAUCAUUCCUACGGAUAUAAAUGAUUGGCCUCACAAGUUAAUAUUAAUUUUUUUAAUUUUAUGUUCUAUCAAAAGUAUACAGGUGGACUGUGAAUUCUGUUACAUUGAGGUUAACCUCUAGUGCUGUACAAUCACCUAUGUUGUCAUCCCACCAGCUAGAGUCUUUACUUCUUUGUUUAGAGCCAUUUCCUUUCAUUUUAUAUUUUCAUGUAUUUUUUGAUUCAAUUAAUCUGAUAUAAUUUUGUUCUUUCACACUUUAGAGGUGACACACAGAUUCAAAAAUGUACAAAAUGAACUACAUGUUUCUGUAAAAUGUGCUAUAUAAGUAAACUGACUUGUUUUUGUGAUAGAAUGUUGAUAGUAAAAAAUGUUUUCAGUGCUGGUUAUUUAGACUGAUGUUUCCACAUUGAUGGAUUGUAGUCAUAGUGAAGAGGACUUGUUUUCAGAGUUCAAUUAUAACACACAACAGGUGUUUUAGUGUUGUAGCUCACCUGCUGUAAGUGAACGGAUAGUUUGAUAUGAUACAGUUUGGCAGUUUGAUCAAUGUAAGUGCCUCAUAUUAAGCAAUCAUAUUAACAGAGGUGGAAUAUAAGUGAUACAUUUACUCAAGCACUCUGCCGAAGUACAUUUAUUCUCAGAUGGCCAAGACUGCAUUUAAAUUACACACAGAUGUCAAAUAUUGAACACUUCCAAUAAACAAAUCAGUUUUGAGCUA